GAGACUCACGUGAGUGAAUGUGUUAUAUUAACAGAAGAUCUGAGUGGAGAACAGAAGCUGUUAUUAUUAUUAUUAUUAUUAUUAUGGAGGCGGUUUGUACAGACAGCACUGACCACAACACCGGCCUGGAGACGACCAUCACUGUACUGAGGGGCACCGGGGGCCUGGGUAUGUCGGUGAGCGCACUUAAAGACGGCCUGGGCGUGGCCGUCCGCUCGGUGGUCGGCGGAGGUGCCGUCAGUGAAGAUGGACGACUGAAGGUGGGGGACGGAAUCCUGGCCAUCAAUGGCGAGCCCACUGCCAACCUCACCAACGCUCAGGCCAGAGCCACGCUACGUAAACAUUCACUGACUGGACCGGAGCUCAGGGUGACAUACGUACCUGGCGGGUUUCUUGACGCGUAUCGGACCCUUCGAUCGCGACAGGGGCAGCACAAGACAGACACGGCGGACACGGCGGAAACGGCCACCUUAAAGAGAGAGGUGGCGGACGGCGGAGGAGGGACCGUAAAGUCUUGGAGCCUGGCGCAGCUGGAGGAGCAAAGGGUGGCACCAAAUGGACAACCUUCCCUGCAUGACAGAUCCCAAGAAGACGGAGACCAGCCCAAAAGGGUGACGCUGAUCAAGACGGGCGGAGAAUCCUUCGGGAUCGGCGUGAUCGGUGGGCGCGGUAUAGGGCACCGUCUCAGCAACGGAGAAAUUAGUCGAGGCGUCUUCAUAAAGCACGUCGCCAAGGACGGUCCGGUGGCACGUGCCGACUCUCUGAGACCCGGAGACCGCAUACUGCAGGUGGGAGGAGUGGACGUGAGCGACUUCACCCACGAAGAAGCAGUGGAGGCGAUCCGGCGGGCGGGGGACAAGGUGGAACUGUUAGUCCAGACCCCUCAGAAAUGUGAGGACCAGAAUAGAAUUCAGGAGUCCUCGUCCAAACGUUACGUCCCCACGCCGUUCAAGCUUUCAGGAAACUGUUUGCUGAAGCCACCUCCACACCCGGUUUCACUGCCCCUGGGGCGGCCCUCCGGGUUGGUCAGCUCGCUACCGGACGGAGCAACAACCCGAAACCCCUACGAAGGCCGACCCCCGGAGACCAGGCAGCUCGGCAAACAGGGACAAGUGUCGUAUUUAAGCCGCGUGUUGCAGAAGUACGGCGGUCUACCCGGCGAGCUGAAGGUGGUGGAGCUGGACUGCGGCGCACACACAUGCGGUCUCGGGUUGCGCGUGACGGAAGGUAAAGAUGGACGAACGGCCGCCUACGUCUCUGAGAUUAUGCCUGACGGGGCCGCCACCGCAGACGGACAGAUCCGGGUCGGGGACGAGCUCCUGGAGAUAAACGGGCAGGUUCUAUACGACCGGAGUCACCGGGACGUCAGCGCUCUCAUCGACGAAGCUUCAUCCAGGGUUAAGAUCGUACUGAUCAGAAACAAGACGGCAUGGAAACAGGUGCUGACCGGAUCGGUGGUUGAGGCAGACGGGUGUCCUGUGACGUCACGGUCUGGUGGGGAGAAGCACGGUUCGGUGUUAAACCAGGAAGGAGCGUCCAGACUGGAGACCGCCCAGACCUCGCCCAAACCUCACGUGUCAGAUAUGUCUUGCUCUGGGCUACCGAGGUCCUCCUGCUGUCCUUCCUGCUCCUCUAGACCUGACCCCCGGACCUGCCCAGUCAUCCACGGCUGCGUCAACACCAUAGACAUCUGCAAAGGACCGUCCAGUCUGGGACUGACCAUUGUGGGCGGCUGCAACACACUACAGGGAGCGAUUGUGAUUCAUGAGCUGAACGAGGGAGGCGUCGCUCAGCGGGACGGGAGACUGAUGCCAGGAGACCACAUCCUCGAGGUGAACGGUAUCGACCUGACGACGGCCACCCACGAAGAGGCCCUGAGCGUCCUGCGCUUGAGCGCCCAGUGCGUCCGGCUUAGCGUUUACAGACCCCCGUGGACGAACGCCUCCCACGACCGAACACCCGCCGUUCACGAGGACAUGUGGGACCUUUUCACCGUGGAGCUGCACCUACAUGCAGGCCAGGAGCUGGGGCUGAGCAUCGUGGGUAAAAGGGACGAUAACGGAGUAUUCGUGUCCGAGAUAGUCGCCGGAGGGGCGGCAGGCGCGGACGGGAGGCUAACGCUAGGUGACCAGAUUCUAUCGGUGAACGGAGAGGAUGUACGCGCUGCGUCUCUGGACUACGCCCGAACGCUCCUGCAGAACUGCGGUAGCUCCGUGAUGCUGGAGGUGGCACGUUUUAGAGCUACUCCUCGCUACUUGUGUGAGUUCCAGAGAGCAGCGACCGAGGACGGCGCGUCUGCAAUCUGACCGGUGUCCCAGAGGCUUCGAGAGGCUCCACCUUGUACCGUAUAGUGUUCCUAUAAAUACUCGACUCCUAUAUUGUUCUGUAAAUAAAUAAACGU